UGUACUGGUAUAGUCUAAGGGGGAUUAGAAUUGAACUAAUAUAGGGAAAAUAUACAAUCCUCAAUUUAAGAGGAGAGUUAUUAAUCCUAAUCACCUUAGAUUAGGAUUAAUUGUCAAGGGAGCAUUGCAACCUAGGUAUAAAGGGGUAAAUACCUAGGGUAAAGCGGGCCGCAAUAAUCCCUCAUCGUUAUCACUGUGCAUCGCCGAAACUUCUCAUUUCAACCUCCCGGUUCGUCUCUGCGGGUUCCGAACAGACUCAUCACCGAGCUGUGGGUCGCGAUCUGGAGUCACACCAUCUCGUCGAGCUUGCAGGGAUCGGCGAGCGGGCGGGGAGGUCUUUCAUCCAGACCAGCGGCGACUCGGUUGCGACGGGUGAGGGCUUCAUCGGAGGAGCGCGAAAGGGCAGGCAAGUGUAUCAACUGUGAUAACUUGAGAUCUGAGGGGUAUAGGGGAAUGGAAACCUAAAAGAGGUGAGGACGUGUCUCCGGACACGGCGGAGGGCCUACGGACGGAGUAGGCGAGGAGGCGAGAUGGACGCAUGGCGUUGUCCGGAUAUUAGGAGUGCUGAGUUUAGGUGCUUCACGGGAAGGGUCCUUGAUUCGGAGAGGUCAAGGGUUUUUGAACGGAAUUUUAUUUGUCAUACUUUGUGAGAGAUGUUGAUUUUUACUUUCGAUAAAACAGAAUGUUUGAUUUGGUAUCGUGUCAUAAGUAUAAGCUUGGUUUGUGUUUGGUGGGUGAUGCACUCUAUAAAAAAAAAAAAAAAAAAAAAAAAAAAAAAAAAUUGAGGGUUGGUUACGGGAUGUUUCAGUUGGUAUCAGAGCCACACUCCUAAGGGACAUCAUGCGUCAGCCAUCUCGUCAGGAACUCGACUACUCCAGUCAACAAGUUAUGGCUGGGAGAAGGAACAACAAUAACGGAGAGAUGGGUGGUCAGAACAACCAGUUCCUAGAAGGACUUACAGCACUCCUACAUGAGCAGAACCGUAUUCAUGGGGAACAAAUUCAACAAAUACUGCAGGCUAGGGAGCAGGGCAGCACGCCCAGACGUUCAGCACCUAGCACGCAACCGGUCUACAAGCAGUUUCGGGAGCUUGGACCGACGGAGUUUAAAGGCACCACGGACCCGAUCGCUGCAGAGGGAUGGAUUCGGUCUUUAGAGACGAUAUUUGACUUCAUGCAGCUCACAGAUGCGGACAGAAUCAGGUGUGCGAUAUUCAUGCUCCGGGAUGAUGCUCGAGUAUGGUGGGAGGGUGCGCGACUGACCGUAGAUCUGGCUACUUUGACUUGGACUGAUUUCAAGGAGGUAUUCUAUGGAAAGUAUUUCACAGUUGACAAUAGGACACGGCUGGCACGGGAAUUCUUGGAGCUUCGCCAGGGAGAUUUGUCAGUGGCGGAGUAUGUCAGGAGGUUCGAGAGAGGACGCUAUUUUGUACCUAUGAUUACUAGCCAACCAGUCGAAGAGCUGAAGCACUUUACAGAAGGUUUGAGGCCGGCUAUUCGCCAUGACGUCAGGCUGAGUCGGGUCACCACAUUCCGAGAAGCCGUUGACCAAGCACUGAUGUCCGAAAGAGACAGAAAUGACAUGAUCAAGGAAGCUCAGAACAAGAGACUGAGUUAUCAGGGACAGGAUCAGCAGGAGCCGGGGAAGAAGAAGACAAUUCCUGGUCAGAAUUCAGGAAAGCAGCCGUUUAAGCAAGCACAGCCGCGUCAGCAAAUCCAGAAGACACAAGCAGUUGAAGGCACUGGUUUCAGGGUCGAAAACAAGGUUCGUUGUUCCAAGUGCGAGAAGAUUCAUGCUGGGCAGUGCUUAACAGGUACAGAUGCGUGCUUUAUGUGUAAGAAGUCAGGACACUUCGCGAGGGAAUGCCCACUGCUCAGGGAGCCAACCAAAGGGAGAGUAUUUGCGAUGACUCAAGAGCAGGUGGAUCUGGACACGGCUAUUAUCACAGGUGAGGACGUGUCUCCGGACACGGCGGAGGGCCUACGGACGGAGUAGGCGAGGAGGCGAGAUGGACGCAUGGCGUUGUCCGGAUAUUAGGAGUGCUGAGUUUAGGUGCUUCACGGGAAGGGUCCUUGCUUCGGAGAGGUCAAGGGUUUUUGAACGGAAUUUUAUUUGUCAUACUUUGUGAGAGAUGUUGAUUUUUACUUUCGAUAAAACAGAAUGUUUGAUUUGGUAUCGUGUCAUAAGUAUAAGCUUGGUUUGUGUU